UGAUAGAGCCAACAGUGGCAUGCUGGCCAUGACCGCGAAGACGUAAACGACAGCCCUCGCGCAAAAGCCCCCACGCGGACACGCGGACACACCGACAGACGGACACGCGGACACGGCGACAGACGGACAGACGGACACGGCGACAGGCCAGACGCGAUGCAGCCGACAACCCCCGCGGCGCCGACGACGGGCCCGCAGCGGCCGUCGUCGGACGAGCACGACUCGGACGGGUCGCAGGCGACGCUGCAGCAGACGACGCCGCAGCAGACGCCGCAGCAGACGCCGCCCGCCCACAACUACUCGCGGCCGGCGAUUGUGCACGCCGCGCAGAGCCACACGUCGCUGAUGGACCGCGCGCGCCUCGGCCACCGCCCGCGCCAGCGCUCGCAGGGCUGUCUGGAGCCGGGCCUGGCGUCGAUGCGCGGCGAGAGCCUGGUGUCGUCGCCGCCGCCGCCGCACCUCUCCGCGAGCCAGAUGGCCGCCCAGGCCGCCUACAGCGCGCAGCACAUGCGCAAGCGCUCGACGACGGUGCCCGCGCCCGUCGACAGCCACGGCCACGGCCACGGCCACGGCCACCACAAUGCGUCCGCGCCCGCGCCCGCGCCCGCGCCCGCGCCCGGCAGCCGCAGCCAGCCCUUGAGCCCGCCGCCCACGCACAGCAGCCCGUCCAUGACCUUUCGGACAAACGGCAUGACAUACCAGCAGACCGCCCCGCCGACGCGCUCGGCCGCGGCGACGGCGGCCAACGCCGCGUUCCCCGCGAGCCCGCUGGCCUCGCCGGGCCUCGCGGAGGCCGGCCAGGCCUCGCCCCGGCUGCCCGCGGCCGCGGCCGAGCUGGUCCCGCAGAAGGCGCCCAAGGAGAAGAGCAAGACGAUGAAGCUCUUCUCGUCCUCCAAGCCAAAGCGCAUCGAGCUCGACAAGCCCGCCGACAAGAAGCACCAGGCGCUGCCGUCGCCCGGCAAGAUGGGCAUCGGCAUCCACAGCGCCCACGCCCUCAACCGCGUCAUGAACCAGUCGACGACCAGUCUGCUCGACUCGGCGCCCGCCAGCAGCAGCGCGUCGCUGUACGCCUCGGCCGGCGCGUCGCUGUACGCGUCGACCAACGCCUCGACCAACGCCUCGACGUCGACGCUCGUGGCCAAGACCGAGCCCCACGCGCCGGAGCCCAAGGAAAAGCACAAGCACCACUUCCUGUCGCGGACAAAGGCCAAGCUAAAGGACAAGGACGACCACGCGCUGCCGCUGUCGUCGGCAAACAGCACGUCGCGGCCCACCAACCCCAACGCGCCCGAGUCGCUCUACAACUUUGCCCCGUCCUCGCCGCUGCCCGGCAGCUCCUUCCCCAGCUCCGUGACGGGCCUCGAUCUCAGACACGGCGGCCGGGGCCUGCGCGAAGCGAAGAAGAACGCCAAAGCCGCGGCCUACCUGGGCGAGGGCCUCGACGCGAGCUUCGUGCCGAGGCCUUCGUUUAGCACGGAGCGCGCAGAAUGGCCGUCUCUCGCGGGCAGCCUCAACAGCACCCCGGGCGGCACUGCGCCGGGCGCGUCCAUGGCGCACACGGCCGAGAUGAUGCAGCUGGGAGCGUCUUUUGGCAUCACCGGCAUGUCGCCCGACGACGCGUGGCCGCUGCUGAAAGCGCGCGUGCUGUCGAUAUUCGAGGGCGAGGACCCGCGGCCGCCGGUCCAGGACUUCAACGCGCUCGUCACGGUGCACAUUAAACGCUGCAUCCACAAGCGCUCGCCCAUUCUGCUCAUCGAAGACCUCAACGAGCUCCUGUACACGGGGUUUGGCUCGCUGGACCAGACCCUCCGCCACAUACCCGACGAGCGCCUCAUCCCGCACCUUGUCGAGAUGUGGCUAGUCGUCUUCACCACCAUCCUGCCCUUCCUGCAGGCCGUCUUCCUGCCCCUCGAUCUCGAGUUCAGAGGCGUGGGCAUCAUGUCCAGCAUCCAGGCCAGCGAGUUCUGGGGCGUCGUGCUGCCCGACGAGAUGAACACAAAGUCGCCCACCCACAAGAACAUGCCCAUUCUCGGCGAGCUCGACGUGCGCCGCAUCACGCUGCUCAUGUUCCGCGACAUUGUCAUCCUCCCGCGCUGCGACAGCCUGAUGGCCAUCUUCUCGCGCCUGUCGCUCGAGAACCUCAACGCCGGCCUCGAGUCGCCGUCCUUUAUCCCCGACGCCCGCCCGGGCACCGCGUCCAGCGCCUCGGACGCCCUCUCCGGCCUCGCCGCCAGCCUGGGCACAAACGCCGCCAGCCUGGGCACAAACGGCGCCAGCCUGGGCACAAACGCCGCGUCCCACUCUUCCGCGGGCUACCUCGAAUCCACAUCCUCGUCGCUCCCGCCCUCGGGCCGCAGCCGCGCAACGAGCAACACCUCGGCGGGCUCCUUUUCGUCGAACCCGCACUCGCACCCCGCCACGCUGCACCCGCCGCAGUCGCUCCCCCACAGCCUGCGCCUGCAGCCCAUGGACUCUGCCAAGGUCACCGAGACGGUCGGCCGCAUGCUGCAGUGCGUCUCGGUCCUCGUGAGUCUGCAGAGCGCCGACGAGAGCCAGGACAAGAUGGCCCGCAUGAGCAAGGAGCUCAAGUACAACUGGCUGGGUCGCGGCCGCACCGGCCGCCAGCGACAGGGCUUUGUUGGGCCCCGCAGAGGCGGCGGCUUGCCGCUGGGCAGUCUGAGCCUGAAUCUCAACCUCCCCGAGGAGACGGACGUUGGUGCCUGAGUGGACGUGUGCUUGGCGCUUGGCGUUUGGCGAAAGGGAAUAUUGGAGAGCCACUUGGUGGAGAGCCACUUGGUGGAGAGCCACUUGGUGUGUAUAGCGCGCGGACCCGGCUGAUCAAUUCAAGUGUUACGAGUCCUGUCUCUCCAUCUCCACGUCUACUUCCAUCUCCACUCCACCUCUACCUCCACUCCACCUCCACUUCACCUCUACCUCCACUCCACCUCCAC